AUGAUGAGGAGGAUUCUCAUUUUCAGAGGAAUGAGGAACACGAAGAAUUCCACAAGAAUUGAAAAAGAAAGUAGAAUUCUGGAAGGGUCAGGCGGAUGUUACAAUACCAGGGUGUCUGAGGCUUUCAUAUUUAUUUUACAGAGAAAUACAUUAAAAAUCAUUGAUACACGAAUAUUUAUCACUAGUUUAAACAUCCUCAUAAGUAGCCUUCUGUUUAUUCAUCGCCGCCAAUGCACUAUUCAUCAAAUCCGUCGACAACAAUUGACUCAUAUUCCAUGUUUUAAUGAAGUUGAGCGAGUCUUCGGUGGAGUGAUCUCGAGCGUAAUUCAGUGUUUCCUUCGUUCCUUGGACAGCAAUCGGACUCUUCUCAGCUAUACGAGCCGCCAGUUCGAUGGAGUUCUCGAGAAGACUCUGUCGGUCAUCACAGAUUCUGGAGAUGAGACCGUAACGAUGAGCUUCAUCCGCACCGAAGUCGCGAGCGGUAAGAGCGAUUUCGCGGGUCCAACUGUCGUUUCCAACGACUUUUUGGAUUCUGUUGAGGGUUCCGAUGUCAGCGGCGAGACCAAUGUCGACUUCCUUGAAAAGAAACUAUUGAUUUUUGAAAAAUUUAUAUCAGCACUCACUCUAAUCGAGAAAUUGGCGUCUUGA